GGACACAGCCCACAAACGCUCACACACAGACCCUCAGGCACUGGCUCACCUCCUAGCCCCUGAGCUGGGCCUCGGUGGGGGCAGUGAGGGGCAGUAUCUCCCUGUACCUCUGCACAUCCUCUGAGAAGUAAGGGUGCCUGCCAGCUUGCUCCAGCAUCAUCCCACACACAGCCACCCUGGAAGUUCUUUGUGCCCUCGGAGAGCCAUGGUAAGGAUAGCAGGCACUCGGCUAGGCUCAUCCACUCUUUCCCCAAAGAGGCACAUAGUCAGGCACCAAUCUCAAUGUAGCCACUGGAUGUUCAAGUAAUCAAUCCAUCACCUGCUCAGAGCCCCCUUCAGCCUUGCUUCACCUGCUGCUUCUAGGCCUGGGCUUGGCAUACCUACUUUAGCUACACUACACCUCAAGGACAAUGUGGGCUCUUCCUACUCACCCUUCCCACCCCAGGCAGCCUGAAGAGGUAUCCCUCUAUCAUGUGGCUCCCAUAGUCCCUAACCUGAUCUGGUAGUGGCUCUCACACCCUCUUGUAGGAGAUUUCUGUCUCAUAAAAAAUUCUUAUGUAUCCCUGAAGGAAAGCUUCUUGCCAAGGGCACCUCCACUCAACACAGCCCAAACUUCCUUCCUGGAGCUGACCAGCUACUGUUUAGGUUAAUGAAUUCCUGUCCACUACAGGACUACUUAUAGUUCCAGCAUACACCCCCAGACAAUUCUCCCCCCAACCUGCUGCACACCAGGAUUAAUCAGAACAAUUUCCCACUUGUCUAUGAUAGAGGGUAACUGGCAGAUUCAAGCUAUCCCAACAGACAAUCAGCACAAAGAGCCCCCACAUUACCCUCUUGACACCCCCCUGAUACUCCAAGACAUGCCAAUACCUCCACAAAGCCCUCUCCACGCUGUUUUAAACAACCAUAUACCCAGGCCGUUGGGUACUCAGGAACCUAUAACUCACAUCAUAUCCUCAAUUGUCAAAAGUUGAGAAUCUCAACUACUCAAUACACAGAGCAUGUUCCCAGCCAUCAUACACAUUCACCAUUUGCUUCAACACCCCACAGAUCCCAAUUCCCAAUGUAUUCACAGUGUACACAUGUCUAACAUUUCCUUGAAAUUGUGUGUCCCAUCACCCACACAGCCUGUGUUCCCCAGUAUCCUUAGAUAUAUAGAGAUCAUGGGCCCUAGCAACACACACAUAUACCUUAUAGCCCUAUGACCCCAUACCUGGACAAUGUGCUCCAAUAGGUUACUUGUGCCACAGUCUCCAACACCCUCAACACUUACAAAUUGUUUGCCAUACAUCCUAUCUAGAGAUCACCUGUGUCAUCCCUCAGGUGGUAACAACACUUGAGGGAUGGUACAGAUUAAGUACUCAAACACCUUGCAUCUGCAUCCAGAAUCCUUUCCUGCCAAUCACAGAACAACUCAUACACCGCAACCCACUCACAUCCACUCACAACCCAUAUAGACAAUCUACCCUGUAUCCCUCAUUCCAUCUGUGUACCCAACCUCCUAACUACCCCUCUCCAUGUAAACCAUGCUCCCAACAACCUAUACACACAGUGCACAGAAACUUUCACUUUAAUGCAUCCAAAUUCUAAGUACUCUAGCCAGGCAAGGUUGGCUCAUCCCAGCCACUCAGGAGGAACUUCAAGUUCAAGGCCAGCCUGGGCAACUUAGUCCCUGUUUCAAAAUAAAAAAACAAAAAAGAACUGGGGCUAAGGAUAUAACCCCUGGGUUCAAUCCCCAGUACCAGAAAAAAAAAAAAAAAUCUAAGCACCCUAUUCCCUCGUAGACCAUUUAUUUACUCCAGCAUACUCCACAUGUCCUCCCCAGUUUCUUAAUAAAAGGAACCAUGCUUCACAAGAAAACCGCACAUUCCUCUCCCUCUUGUGGAUCACUUAUCCCAAUGUCUUGUGAGUCCUUUACCCCAAAAACUCCACAUAGACUGUCCAUCUCAACACUUCCUGCUUGUGGACCUCCACUUUCGCACUUUCACAUAGGCUCUCUACCCCAUGUCCUUCCCCCAAUCAAACACUCAGUACUUUCCACCACUGGACUGUCCACCUCAACACCUCCACACAAAUGAUUUGGCCCCUGACCCCACAACACCCAUGCCCACACCUUCUAUAUUUUUAACUAUUGCUUAUUGCAGACCUGCUUAGAACCUGACACAUUCAGGUGAUCUCACUGAAUAUUCACACCAGCUCUGGGAGGAAGAGGUUGACUCAAGCACACACACACACACACUCACUUCAUUCUCACAUGCAUGCAUGCCCUGCUGACUUCAUCCUCAUCCACACCCUUUCUCAAAGAGGAGGCCCUGUUCCCAGUAGGUCCUCAUGGGGCCAUUAUUGCCGGUAAAGGAGAAAUCUUCUAGAGCUACCCUGGACCUUGCAAACUCCACAAUCUAUCCAGGAAAAAAAAAAAAAAUCACCCGGGGGAACCCCCUGAGGCCUCUAGGUUCUAGCUGUCCCCUAACUGAUCCCCUAAUCUGAAGUAAGCCUGGUGCUAAUCUCUGAGCCUAGUAUGGGGCCUUUCCCUGAUUCUGGGCACACUUUGUACCACCCAGUACCCUCUGCCCCUGGUACCUUGGAUGCUAAGGUGGCUCAGGGCACUGUGUUUCCUGUUCCCUAAUUGUGGGCUGAAUCCCUCAAGUGGGGAGGAGGGCUUUUUGGCAAUUGAGCAGGGGCUGGGGGUGGUCCUGGUCGGAAGCUCUCAACUUUGGUGGGAGGAGAGGAGGCCUGGGUAAGGGAUGAGGUUGGUGGGAGUGUGGAGGGAUGAGUUGGAGUGGAGGGCAAGACCUGAUGACCCCUUUCCCUGCUUUGCCCACACUGAGGAGAUGGGGUGAGAAGCCAGGCCAGAGUGUGGAUGGAAGAGAAAUGCUGGCCGGUCCGCUCACAAAAAAACGUGACGAGGCGACGCUCAAUCCGCCAGACACAGAUAUCCGGGAUUCUGGGAAGAAACCUGUCAUGCUGUUUCUGCACGGAGGCUCCUACAUGGAGGGCACCGGGAAUAUGUUCGAUGGCUCAGUCCUGGCUGCCUAUGGCAAUGUCAUCGUAGCCACGCUCAACUACCGUCUUGGGGUGCUCGGUUUUCUCAGCACUGGGGAUCAGGCUGCAAAAGGCAACUAUGGGCUUCUGGACCAGAUCCAGGCCCUGCGUUGGCUUAGUGAAAAUAUUGCCCACUUUGGGGGUGAUCCGGAGCGCAUCACCAUCUUUGGGUCUGGAGCAGGGGCCUCCUGUGUCAACCUGCUGAUCCUCUCCCACCAUUCAGAAGGACUGUUCCAGAAGGCUAUUGCCCAGAGUGGUACUGCCAUCUCCAGCUGGUCUGUCAACUACCAGCCACUCAAGUACACGCGUCUGCUGGCAGCCAAGGUGGGCUGUGACCGGGAGGACAGCGCCGAAGCUGUGGAGUGUCUGCGCAGGAAGCCUUCUCGGGAGUUGGUGGACCAGGAUGUGCAGCCUGCCCGCUACCACAUUGCCUUUGGGCCCGUGGUGGACGGCGAUGUAGUCCCCGAUGACCCUGAGAUCCUCAUGCAGCAGGGAGAAUUCCUCAACUACGACAUGCUUAUCGGUGUCAAUCAGGGAGAGGGCCUCAAGUUUGUGGAGGACUCUGCAGAGAGUGAGGAUGGUGUGUCCGCCAGCGCCUUUGACUUCACCGUCUCCAACUUCGUGGACAACUUGUAUGGCUACCCGGAGGGCAAGGAUGUGCUGCGGGAGACCAUCAAGUUCAUGUACACAGACUGGGCUGACCGGGACAAUGGCGAGAUGCGACGAAAAACCCUGCUGGCUCUCUUUACUGACCACCAGUGGGUGGCCCCAGCUGUGGCCACUGCUAAGCUGCACGCUGAUUACCAGUCCCCUGUCUACUUUUACACCUUCUACCAUCAUUGCCAGGCUGAGGGCCGGCCAGAGUGGGCAGAUGCAGCCCAUGGAGAUGAGCUGCCCUAUGUCUUUGGUGUGCCCAUGGUGGGUGCCACUGACCUCUUCCCCUGCAACUUCUCCAAGAAUGACGUCAUGCUCAGCGCAGUUGUUAUGACCUACUGGACCAACUUCGCCAAGACUGGUGACCCCAACCAGCCAGUGCCACAGGACACCAAGUUCAUCCACACCAAACCCAACCGCUUUGAGGAGGUGGUGUGGAGCAAGUUCAACAGCAAAGAGAAGCAGUACCUACACAUUGGUUUGAAGCCACGAGUGCGUGACAACUACCGCGCCAACAAGGUGGCCUUCUGGCUGGAGCUUGUGCCCCACCUGCACAAUCUGCACACCGAGCUCUUCACCACCACCACUCGCUUGCCUCCCUAUGCCACACGCUGGCCUCCCCGCCCGCCUCCUGGAGCCCCUGGCACACGCCGGCCCCCACCACCUGCAACCUUGCCUCCCGAGCCUGAGCCUGAGCCAGGCCCAAGGGCCUAUGACCGCUUCCCUGGAGACUCACGAGACUACUCCACAGAGCUAAGUGUCACUGUGGCCGUGGGCGCCUCCCUUCUCUUCCUCAACAUCCUGGCCUUUGCCGCUCUCUACUACAAGCGGGACCGGCGGCAGGAACUGCGAUGCAGGCGGCUUAGUCCACCUGGAGGCUCAGGCUCUGGUGUGCCUGGUGGGGGUCCCCUGCUCCCCACUGCUGGCCGGGAGCUGCCCCCAGAGGAGGAGCUGGUGUCAUUGCAGCUGAAGCAGGGUGGUGGCGUCGGGGCGGACCCUGCUGAGGCCCUGCGCCCUGCCUGUCCACCCGACUACACCCUGGCCCUGCGCCGGGCACCGGACGAUGUGCCUCUCUUGGCCCCCAGGGCCCUAACCCUGCUGCCCAGUGGCCUGGGGCCACCACCACCCCCGCCACCCCCUUCCCUCCAUCCCUUUGGGCCCUUUCCCCCACCGCCCUCCACCGCUACCAGCCACAACAACACGCUACCCCAUCCUCACUCCACCACCCGGGUAUAGGGGGCGGCAUGGGGAGGCCACCCUCCCCACCCCUCCUCAGCCUGGGCCACUCCAAGGCAGGGAGUAGGACUUGGCAACGGGCUUUUCUCCUGUGGAGUUGUCACACAUCAUCGAACAGUGUUAAGGUGGACAUGGGAUUCCCCACUGAGAUGCGUGUUUUUCCCAUGCAAAGAGGCCCAUUCUCUUCUCUGGACCUGGGCCUUUGAACAUUGGGGGGUGUUUUUUGCCCUCCACUGGGACACCAGUCUUCAGUGUGUGGAAAUGUGGAAGUCUUUUCCCACAUGGAGGUGUGCUUUCUUCAUGAGGGGGUAUUUUCCCAUGUGCAGGGUGAGGUUUUUUUUUGCCGCCCUGGACACAUGUUGGCCCCCUCAAAGAAUUUCUGCGGGGAUUUGUACCCCAGAAUCCUGUUUCCUCAUGCCUUCUCCCACCUCCUCCCCCCUCCCACCCCCUGGAGACCCUGGAAGUGAUGUGUUCUCAUACAGUGACUCUUGGCCACCAGACAACAUAGGGUGGUGCCUGGGGAGCAGCAAGGAAAACACAGCCCCCCCCCGCCUCCUCUCCCCCCUCCACCCCAGCAAAGCAUGUUUCUCCCCCAUGGCACAAGUCAGAUGAAGCACGUUCUCCCAGGGAGGCCCUCACCUUCCAUACAGACAGACACAGAUUUCCUGCCAGGGGGAAGGGAGAUCGGUGCAUCCCGGUGCUGCCUGGAAACUAAUUCUCCCAUGGUCCAGGAUACAUUUCUCUGAGUGGAAACAUGUUCUUGCAUGUGGAUGUGUGUUUUCCCAGGCAGAGGGUCCCUCUCUCCCCAGCACUUCCCUGCAUCCCCCCCAGCCUCAGGCCCAGCACUCCUCACAUGGCAGGUGGGAACAGACUUCAGAUUAACCGAAGCUGAGGGAGAUGUACAAACCCUGAGGGAAGGCUGGGGACCUCCCUCUCCCAGAGAUGCUGAGGUUGGUAGACAGGGAAUGUGGCAUAUGCCACCCACAGAGGCCAUGCAUGUUUGACCAAAGCCCUCCUGGGGCCUGAGGACAGCCUUUCCUUCAGUCCUCAGAUCAUUGCUCAUCUGUGCCAAACUGGGUAGGUGGGUUGGAGGAGGGGAGAAAGUCUCCAAAUGUGCCAAGGAUUUCACAGUCCCAGGCUAGGACAGAGGAGACGACGGGAGCAGGUAGGAUACAGGGUAGGGGGAUGUGGCAGCUAAGGAGUCCCCUUGUUGUCACUCUGAUUCCUGUGUCACCCCUCCCUCCCUGUCCCAGAUCUCCAUUCUCCAGCUCCUCCUCCCUGUUUGAAGCUGUCCCCAUCUCAGGGUCAGACCAAUCUUUUCCCCUACCCUUCUUUUACCCCUCCCCCCCUUGCUGCCAGGGCCAAAGGAAAAGAGCAGUGUGUAUGUGUUGGGGGGGGGUGGUUAACAGGGAAAAAGGUUUCAUGGACAGCUUGGGGAAUGAGGUCAGUUGCACUGAGGAACAGAUGGAGGGGGCCAUGGGGGACAGGGCUUGUUCAAACACCAGCAGGAAGAAUUUGAAAGGAAAUGUGUGAGGCUACUGCCCAGAGGUCCUUGGGUUUGUGCCUCUGAGGAAGAGAACCAUGUAGGAAAGGGUUUUAAGGGCUGGAUGCAAUGGCACACACCUGUAAUCUGAGCAACUGAGGAGGCUGAGGCAGGAGGAUUGCAAGUUUGAGACCAGCCUUAAGAACUUAGCAAGGCCCUAAGCAACUUGGUGAGACCCUGUCUCAAAAUUAAAAAUAAAACGGAUGUUGCUUAGUGGUAAGCACCCCUGAGUUCAAUCCCUGGUUCAAAAAAAAGAAAGAAAGAAAAGGGUUUUAUGGAACAACAAUAGAGGAGGGUGAAUCUUUAGCCUGCUGUAUGGCUUUCUGUGGGAUGCUACUGCCAAACUUGAGUAAGGGUGGGGUGCCAUCUUCUACUGGCACCCAGGUCCAGGAUACCUGGUUGUGAGUCCCAGAACAUUGCCUCUUCACUGUCCCUUCUCCUACCUCCACCCAUGGAAACGUAGUUCUUUUCUGGCCCUUUCCCCUGCCUGGUCUAGCUCCUCUUGGAACAGCCAUGCCCUCCAAAUGCUAGCGACCUGGGCCCUGAGCCCGUAGGCAGAUGCCCCCAGAACCAGGGCAUGGGAGGGGGGCUGGGGGACCCCAUGAUUCAGCCACGGACUCCAAUGCCCAGCCCCUCUCUCCAGAACAAUCCCUGACAGUCCCAUGUCCCCACCCCAACCCUUUGCGGCUCUGUACACAUUUUUAAACCUGGCAAAAGAUGAAGAGAAUAUUGUAAAUAUAAAAGUUUAACUGUU